UACUUGGCACAUGCGUUUCGUCUAGUCUGUGUGACUGUGAGUUUGGGUUUCCUUUUCACAACAUAUUCGGCUUUUCAAGUUUACAUUUUCUGCUUAAUCAGUAAGCCGUCGAAUGGAGGGCAAGCAUAAACUCAUCAGUUCUUUGUGGACAUCACUAGUUUCUCCCAGAGUGGUAUAUCACUCAUCAGUCACGUCAGUCAUCAGGAAGUGAGGUUGUUCCAUUUAUUACACUCAAGUCUGGACGAAGGGACUUGAUCCACAGGGCUAGGGAAUGGCUCAACGUGACAAUUUGAGGUCAAGACAUGCCCCUGCACAGCCAUCAGAUCAAUCUGAAUCCACACCGCCCUCAUCAACCCAGUAUGACCACACCCAGCCUGACCACACCCAACUCGACCAUGCUCAAUCUGACCACACCAAACCACCUUCCCUUACUAGAGAGUGUGACCUAACAAGGAGAAAGCGGGUGACAUACCGAAGUAUCAAUAACCAAGACGAAAACAGUACAGCCAGCCUGUCAAACGCAGACACACCCAAGCCAGUCCUAUCAAAAGGAAAUGCCUCUGUCGAGGAUCCUGCACCAUGGCCAAGGAGUAGACUGCUUAUAGUGUUGCUUUUGUUUCGUUGGGUCAACGCCGCUUUAACUCAGACAUUCUUUGUUCCUGACGAAUAUUGGCAAUCUCUUGAAGUGGCGCAUAAUAUCGUCUUUGGCUAUGGGUACCUAACGUGGGAGUGGCAGAUAGGUUUGAGGGGAUUCACACAUCCAGUCAUCUUUGCCAUCUUGUACAAGGCACUUCAGCUUCUCAACUUGGACCAUCCCAUGCUGUUGGUUUUACUCCCCAAGAUACUUCAAGCCACAUUUUCUGCGGUUGGUGAUUACUAUUUGUACAAGUUUGCUCAGUCUCUCUGGGGAGAACAUGUGGCCAGAUGGACUCUUUUCUCUCAUCUUAGUUCAUGGUUUGUUUUCUACACGGCAGCCAGGACGCUGACAAACACCAUGGAGAUGAUCCUGACGAUAUGGGCAAUGCAUUACUACCCGUGGCCUUCAUAUAUGAUCAAAGGCCAUGAUCCGAGUCAGCACAGAUAUUCCACCGGGGUUUACCUUCUCUUAGCUGCUCUUGCUUGUAUCAUGCGACCUACCGCUGCUAUUAUCUGGAUACCUCUUGGCCUGUGGCAUCUUGCAAGAUGUCGAAAUCUCAUCUUGGCUCUUCUAAUUGACUUCAUUCCUAUUGGUUGUGCAGCUCUCAGCUGUUCUUUACUAAUGGACAGAGUUUGUUACGGCAAGUGGAUUUUUGUCCACUUCAACUUUCUUCGCUUCAAUGCCUUAUACAACGUCAGCUCAUUUUAUGGAACUCAGCCAUGGCACUGGUACUUGACACAAGGGUUACCAGUGAUGAUUGGUACCCAUGUGUUCCCAUUCAUUUUAGGAAUAAGGUUAGCUGGUCGUGUCUAUCGCCCAUUGGUGCUGCUAAUGAUCUGGACACAAUUUGUUUAUAGCCUCUUAGAACACAAGGAAUACAGAUUCUUGCUACCACUUCUGCCAAUUGCUAUGUCUUUUUGUGGUGUAUGUUUUAGUAAGUUAUCCAAGGCCGGUCGAGCCAGUAGCUUAGCGAUAUUUAUCCUAGUCAGCAAUCUGCCAGUGUGUCUGUACACAGGCCUUGUACAUCAGCGAGGAACACUUGACGUGAUGAAUUACCUACAGACAGUAGCCCAUGCACCCAACGCUCACAUCAGAACACCCUCUGUCUUGUUCCUUAUGCCCUGCCACUCCACACCUUUAUUCAGUCAUAUACAUGCCAACAUCUCCAUGCGAUUCUUGGAAUGCCCACCCAACCUCAGCCGAUACCGCAAUGCGGAAAGUUCAUAUCAGGAUGAAGCAGAUGUCUUCUUUGACAACCCUAGCGAUUGGCUGAAAGCCGAGUUCAGACCGGGCAGUAACUUGCCAAGAUAUUUGGUGUUUUAUGACGUUCUCUUGCCUAAAAUCAAGAGAUUCUUAUCAAGCAGACGGUACUCACUAACUGCGUCAUUCUUCCACACACAUGUGCCCUUGGACAGUCGUAUCGGCAAAUAUGUUCUCGUGUAUUCCCGACCCCUCAAGAUACCACUCACGCCAGCGUAAUGGCGGACAGAAAACACCCAAGAUCCGAAUUGGAAUGUCAGAUAUAUAUAUGAUAGACUGUGCAUUCUAUAUACCCAGGGUGUCUGGGUCCCUAGAGUGACUUCACUAAAAUUUCAUUAAAAUCAUAAAAUAUAAUGGAGUAGGCCCAAAGCAUUGUGGGUACUCAUUAUAGGCAUUCAUUAUGCAUGCAGGGAAUUUACCCAAGUGACUGGUUAAAUAUACCAAUGCUGUAAGCAUGCUAACAGUUACUAGAAGAGCUGUCACCUUUUAGCCUGGUUCCUGCCUCUUUCAAAUAAGCAGCAGUUGCUGAAGUAACUUUGUGCAAUAUGCCUAAAUAAAUACAGAUCUGCAGAUUUCUUGGUAAGACACUACACACUUUUUGGUAUGAUGUGUCAUCCAGAUUCUCGGAUGAACAAUACUCAUGAAAUGUCUCAUCUGUUGCCCUAAAAGCAGUUUCUAGUCAGCAGAUAGAAUUUUCUGCAGACAGUAACUGACCGGUUUCGGACAAAGCAAUUCUGAUACCAUGACCUCAGUCCAGGCUAGGGCCCGUAAGAAAAUUACAGCUUAAGUUCUGAUUCUUUAAAUGAUCUGUAGAAUUAGUUUGUUGUCUGUAUGAUAAAAUGGGCAAGGUUUUGCAAGAAUGUAUUUAUUAGUGUACAGCUUGAAGAUAUCUCCACUUAAUACUGUGGAAAAUGUAUACACAUAGUUGAUAUUACACACAAUUUUUCUGUAUUGAGGGAUUUACACUUCAGAAAUUUCCUAAUAACUUCACGGUGUUUUAUAUAAGCCUCAAGCAGAUCCGCAAUUUUCCCAGCAAUGCAGGCUCCUUUAGUAGGAACUGCACUUUGCUGGUUCACCAACGACUAUGAAAUGCACGUGUUGCGGUCGCAUCUCCACCUACAGAAUGAGAACCUCCCACCAACAUGGCUCUUUUCAACCGAUGAGGGAGUAUUUGUGCUCUGUGCGAAUAGGGUCAAAGCGUAAAAGGUAAGAAGUGCACCAGUUUAGAAAAUGCAAUUAAUAUUGCAAGUAUUGCAAGUGUACAGUUGUGACCGAAACUAUGUGACCGUACUAUGUUUCAUUAUAAGGUUUACGACGACUCCUGGCUAUAGACCUUGUAUUCCCCAACUAAGUGUAUUUACGAUGUAUUUGAAAACGUUAAAUUCAAAGAGCCCAACUUCUACAAUUGCAUUCCGACUUUAAUUCUGCAAUUGCAUUUCGACCCCCCAAUCAUCUGGUACCAUCCCAUUGAGGGUUUCAAAUUUAUACUGUACCUUCAAGAAUACGACUGAAAUCGGGGACGCCAGGAAGCGCUGUUUUUUCCCUAGGCCAGGAAGGGUAGGAGUAAUUAUAAUAAAAUGGGCGUACCAUAACCUUUACGCAUGCGUUUUUCGUCUAGGAAGGUCGGGGGCAAUUAUGAUAAAAUGGGCGUACCAUAACCAUUACGCAUGCGUUUUUAAGGUUGGGGGCAAUUAUGAUAAAAUUGGCGUACCAUAACCGUUACGCAUGCGUUUUUCGUCUAGGAAGGUUGGGGGCAAUUAUGAUAAAAUUGGCGUACCAUAACGGUUACGCAUGCGUUUUUCAUCUAGGAAGGUUGGGGGCAAUUAUUAUACAUGGGGUACACAAAUGGCUACAUGCAUUGUUGGCAUACACAGGUUUAUCCCUAACGAACACAGGGCGAAGGUUUCCCUCGUUUUCUCCGAAUGAUGCAAUCUACAUUCAGAAUUGGCAUCUUGACAUGAACAGAAAAAACCUUUUAAGCUUGUUAACGGUUGAGCUCUGAAGGCGAAUGACUCUGCAUUCGAUUAGGAUGCUUCCAUAUUUAUUUUAACAGAUAAAAAUAAGAGAAAACGUGUUUUCCUUAGAGGUGCUCUUGAAGUACAAGAAACAAUAAAACUGUACUGGCCGACUUGCAUGGUAGCGCUGUCACAAGAGCGUUAUACCUAGAACCGACAAGUCUCUACGUAGUAUUUCUUUUCUUAGUUGGGAAUUGGUGGAGGAUGUUUUAUUAUAGGAAAGUAAAACCCGACAUUUACCUCAGCACUAAAGUUCUGCUAUAUAUGAUAAUUACCACCAACCUUCCUGAGAUAAAAGUGACGUCGCCGCAAAUAUGGUCGGUUAUUCAUCGUCUACAGCUGAUGUAUUUUUAGUUUCAUGAUGUGCGAGCUGAUCAGCUACAGAAAAGAUGUAGGGGGCUUAGAAUGGCCACAGUCUGUAAAAUUGAAUUAAACACUUUCAGUCCAAGUGAAUGUAAA